AUGUGGCGCCGCGCAGGCCUCACUGGCGACGCGCAGAAGGCUGAAACCAAAGAGGAAUUUGUUAAAGUUAGAAGGAGGGACUUGGAAAGGCUGACAACUGAGGUUAUGCAAUUGCGGGAUUUCUUACCCAGAAUAGUAAAUGGUGAUGUCCUGGGGGCAUUCCAGAAACUGGAUGCUAUUGAAUCAAACAUGGAGAAAAAGGAAGAGGAAAUUGAGCAGCUGAAAAUGGAUUGUGAACACUUCAGAGCCCGUCUGGAAACAGCCCAGGCAGAUUGUGUCAGAGAGAAGAAGGAGAAACUAAACCUCCGCCAGCAGCUGAAUGAGGCCAAGCAGCAGAUCCUGCAGCAAGCAGAGUAUUGCACAGAAAUGGGUGCAGCAGUGUGCACGUUGCUGUGGGGUGUAUCUAGCAAUGAGGAAGCUGUUAAAUCCAUUCUAGGAGGCAGUAAAGCACUGAAGUUUUUCACAAUCACUGCACAGACCCUGGAGAGCUUUGUGAAGUCAUUAAGUGAGGACAUGAAACAGCAGGAUUUGGACUCUGAUGAAAAUCAGUUUGUAUUAGCCUUGGCAGGGAUUGUAACAAAUGUGGCUGCACUGGCAUGUGGCCGUGAGUUCUUGGUUAGUUCGAGUCGUGAAUUACUGGACACAAUGAUGCACCUUCUGGGAGACAUGAAGCCAGGACUCUGUGCCAAAUUUAAAGUGCUAAUGCUGAUGUCACUUUACAAUGUGAGUAUCAACAUGAAAGGCUUGAAGUACAUCAGUGAAAGUCCACGGUUUAUUCCUUUGCUUUGGUGGCUAUUGAAUGACCCAGAUGCAGAAGUUUGUCUUCAUGCUCUGCGGCUCCUCCAGUCUGUGAUCCUGGAGCCAGAAGUGUUAGCCAAGGCAGCCCCUGAGAUGCGAGAUACUUUGCCGUUUCAGCGUAUCGUUGCGCUGUCCAAGAGCCGCAAUGCAGAUCUGCAAACACUUGCAAAAGAACUACUUGAAGAUCUUAAAAUACUUGAGUAUGAAGCAUAA